AUGCUUCCAAAAGCCCUUGUUCGCAGCACGAGGCUGCCCACUUCUAAAGGAAUCCAGUCUCGCAGUUUUAAUUCCAUGAGGACUCUUAGAAGUUCUCCUUAUCAUUAUCCAGAAGGGCCGCGCACAAAUAUACCAUUUAAUCCUUUGACGAGGUUUUUCAUAGUACGUUACUGGGCAUUUAUGGCAGUAGGAUUUGGUGCUCCAUUUGGUAUCGCAGUGUGGCAGACUUGUAAAAAUACUUAG